AUGGCCUUUUUGUUUAAAUCAAAGAAGGCCCACAGCCAGGCCCAUGCAAUUCCCCCGGCGACUAGAAAUGUCCAUACUUCCGAGGGCGCUCCGCCCUCGGGCUCGCCCACCAUGGCAAAUGGGGCCAAGGGGGAUGGCCCAGCUUCACAGACACCAACUCCGAGUGGCAGCGUCAGCAACUCGCUCCAUUCUGCCGCAAGCCCGACGAGUCCGGAAGCAGUACGGCCGCGACAACGGGCAGAAUCAGAAUCGCAGGUGAAUACAACGAGCACAACCACCAGUCAACGGAAUCCCCCUCCAAGCCCCAAUUCGUCCCUUUAUCCAUGGUCGCAACGACGCUUGAACUUCUCUUCUCCUCAAUCGAAUCCGUUUCCUCGCUAUGGAGCAGCAAUCAAUUCAGUGGCCUCCAAGGAGGGAGACAUCUAUAUGAUGGGCGGUCUAAUCGAUGGAUCAACUGUCAAGGGUGACCUAUGGAUGAUUGAGAGCAGUGGUGGCGGCUUGAACUGUCUGCCAGUUGCGACAGUCUCCGAAGGCCCUGGUCCUCGAGUUGGUCACGCCAGUUUACUUGUCGGAAAUGCAUUCAUUGUGUUUGGCGGCGACACCAAAAUCGAAGAAAAUGAUUCUUUGGAUGACACCUUAUAUCUCCUGAACACAUCUUCCCGACAAUGGUCACGCGCUAUACCUCCCGGCUCCCGCCCUUCUGGGCGUUACGGCCACACUUUGAACAUCCUAGGUUCCAAACUCUAUGUUUUCGGAGGACAAGUGGAGGGAUUCUUUUUCAACGAUUUGAUCGCAUUUGAUUUGAACCAGCUUCAAAAUCCAGCGAACAAGUGGGAGGUGCUUAUCCCAAACAGUCACGAAGGUGGACCUCCAGCAGGGCAGAUUCCACCAGCGAGAACGAACCACACCAUUGUCAGCUUCAGUGAGAAGCUUUUCCUGUUUGGAGGUACGAACGGAGUGCAGUGGUUCAAUGACGUCUGGUGUUAUGAUCAUAUCACGAACGACUGGACCGAAAUCGAUUGCGUUGGUUUUAUUCCGGCUCCCAGAGAGGGUCAUGCCUCUGCUUUAGUCAACGACGUGAUGUAUGUGUUCGGUGGCCGCACCGAUGAAGGUGUGGACCUGGGAGACUUAUCCGCCUUUCGAAUCUCAACCCGACGAUGGUAUUCCUUCCAAAACAUGGGCCCCGCGCCAUCCCCUCGAUCUGGCCACAGCAUGACCGCUUUUGGCAAACAGAUCAUCGUCAUGGCAGGCGAGCCAAGUUCAGCUCCUCGAGAUCCGGCGGAGCUAAGCAUGUCCUAUAUUCUCGAUACUAGCAAGAUCCGAUACCCCAAUGAUUCGCAACCCGGGGGACGGGUUCCCGAUGGAGCUGCUAGGAAAGUAAGUGUCGAGAAAGCAGGCAUCACAUCUGGUCGGACGUCCCGGGAGGCGCAAAACCCCGGUCCUGAACAAAUGCGACGGGGACCUGCCCCAUCGCGUGAAAGCCUGAUGCAGGCCGCGGCCGCUGGAAAACAGGGGGAUUGGGUCCCUACCACGAACUUGGGGCCGGGAUCUAGACUACCACGAGCAUCGAUCGCCCAAGCUCCCGCUGGCCCGCCACCUCCCGGCCAAGCACCCUCUCCUGGACCUCGCGGCAAUGGACCUGCAGCCGGUGCGAACCCCCGCAGCAAAACUCCGACCAAGAAUGAACGUGGGUACACACCAACCAUUGAUGUACGUACAGCAAGCGGUGAGCGCGGCCCGGGUUCACCAAGCGCGAAAGAAGGCCCACACGAUUCUCCAGGACCUCCGUCAGGUGGCCGCAGAACUCCUACGCAACAUCAGAAGCCCUCGGCCAAGGCGAUGGAAGCGGGCGAAGCCGCCCCGUUGAUCAGCACCCCCGGCCGUCAACGCUCGCUGCGUUCUCAACGACAGCGUGGAUCUAUGGAUAGUGGCGAAGAAUCAAUACUCGGUCGACACCCCAGCAUCGAAGGCUCGAUGGAGAAUCGCGGUUUCCGCAACUCAAAGACGCUCGGUGAUGAGCCUCGGUCUCCUCGAUUGACCCCCCAUCAAGAGGCAUUGAUUAAGGAGCUGGAAGUGAGCAAGGCGCGGAACGCCUGGUACUCCUCUGAACUUGCGCUCGCAAAGAAAUGUGGUUAUGUGCCCAAUGCGACCAGUAGUCCUAUUUUUGACGACAGGGCCAAUGAGGCUCUAAACGAUGAGGAUCGCCCCCUGAUCGAAGCCUUCUUGGCUAUGAGGGCUGAUUUGACCAAGAUGCAGGCGACAGUAGACCGACAAGCGGCUAUCGCAUCAAAACGGGUAGCUGAGGUGGAACAUCAACGCGACAUGGCUAUCAACGAAGCUGCAUAUUCCCGCGCCAAGCUCGCUGCACACGGUGGUAGUCAGCGAGGAACCCCUCAACCUGAUACACCGCGAGACGGAGAAGAUGAGCGACCUACAGAUAUGGGACGCCGUCUUGCUUUAGCUUUAGCCUCCCAAGCUGAGCUGAGGGCCAAGUUGGAGGUGCAGACGACUGAGCUCUCACAGGAGCGUCAAGCUAGAGAGCUCGCUGAAGACACAAAUGAGGCAACUCGGAAACACCUGGCGGAACUUGAGAUGCAAAACAAUACUCUGGAAGCUGAGAACUUGCGCGCUGAACUCCACCAAGCCGAGGCACUGGCUAGAGAAGAGGCCUUUUUACGAGCUGAAGCUGAAGCCUCGCUCAAGCAAGUCACACUGGAUAAAGAAGAAUUGCUGGCGCAGAUCGAGGAUUCUUCAGCUCGACUGAAGGACUUCGGUACUAGCUUUGCUGGCCUCCGCGAAGCUGUUGCUGCGUCCGGAGCGAAGACAGCUCUUGUUGAGAAGCAAUUGCAUGAAGAGCGAGAGCGCCGGGAGGGCCUUGAAAGAAAGCUCUUGCAGCUUCGUGCAGAACAUGAAGAACGCACCGCGGAGGUGGAAAACAUCACUCGUCGACUUCGGGAUGCAGAGGAGAUGGCAGAAAUACAUGCCAAAGAAGCCGAAACUCACAAGUUUGCCUUCGUGUCUGGAUUAGAGCGUGCUUCUUCUACAGACUUGGACGAUUCAUUCAGGUCUCGUGCGGACAAGCGUGUCGCUGCCCUGGAGGCACAAAUCGAACGAUCUUCCACUCUAGUUAAGGCAAACCAGGCAGCCGCCAAUUUAGCGGCAGAUAAGUUGCGGCGUGCCGAGGAACGGAUUGCUGGUCUGGAGGCAUAUCAAGAGCAAGCUAGCCGUGAAGGCCUGCAGCUGCGCAGACAACUUCAGACCGCCAUGAAAGAAAGCCAAGCCGCCGCCACAGAUAACCGGGACUUGAAGGCACAACUUGAAACUCAGCAACGUGAAGCUGGAGCUCUGGCUACCCAACACGCGGCCUUGAAGGAUCUUCUUGGCGAGCGUGGCAUGAAUAGUGACACUAGGCGUUCUCCGCGGCUCGACUCUCCGGGAUCACGAUUCGGCACCCCGGAGCAGAGCCGCCUCCGCGAGCUUGAGCAUCAGCUCUCCGCUAGCAUCAAGGCUCAUGAAGAUCUGAAAAACAGCUUCGAAACUCGUGAGCAAGAGGCCGAUCGAACCUUCCGAGAGAAACUUGAGCAGCUUGAAAAUGACUACCAGUCAGCGGUUCAUUACGUGAAGGGCACUGAGAAGAUGCUGAAGCGUAUGAAGGAUGAGCUCAGUCGAUACAAGGCUCAAAAUAUCAAAAUGCAAUCUGAGCUUGAUAUAGCUCAGAGGAAUCUCGAGGCUUCAGGCAGCCAGGCAUCUGGAUCUUCGGCUGAAUGGGAUGCUGAGCGGUCCCGCCUCCAACAAUCAAUCUCGGAACUAGAAGAGCGAAAUACAUCCUCGAUCGUUACUCUUGAAGCCCAGGUUAAGCAGCUCAAGGAAGAGCUUGACCAGGCUGCAGCCGAGAAACAGCUGUCCCGAACUGAGCAGGAGCGUCUUAAGCAAGAUCUCCUCGCUGCUGCUGAGCACAGCCGUAUUGAGCUGGAACAGCUCAAACAAGAAAACACUCACCUUGAAACGCGUGCUUCUGAUGCAGAGCACAAGGUUAACAUGCUUUUGGAGCAGGUUCAAACAUCGGUUGGUCAUUACCGUCGUCAAUCUCAGCAUGGCCAAGGUACCAAUGGCAUCUCGCGCACACAUAGCAACGCCUCUAGUAAUACAGUCGGUGGGGCAAAUGGUCGAGCACGAGCCGACAGCAAUCUGUCCCAGGAUUCCACCUUCCCCGACAACCGGGGCUCUAUGGCCCUCGACUCACUUGCCAACGAGCUCGAUGCGCUGCGCACUCACUGGGAAAGCACCAACCGCAACUACCGUCUGAGCAGCCAGCUGGAUCUGGACCGGACUCCCACUAAGGACGCCAGUGAGGGGCCUGCAUUGAUGAGUGACAGCUUGGCAGAGUGGAGGCGGAGACUGGAUGAUGAUGAACGCGUUGGAUUUGAUGUCCAAACCAAGCCACUGAACACUGGCGCUGGACAUCCUGGGCGCUCUUCCAAUGUUAUCUAA